CCAAACGUCAUUCACUCUAGUUCAAGCCAUCAAAUAAGUUGAUACUUCCAUAAAAGAAACACAUUUUUUUUAUUGUUGAAUUCUUCUGAACCGAAUUUGUAUAGUUAGGUCAAUUUUUUUUUGAGUAUCGUCCAAAGUAUAGAAAAAUGCCGAAAAUUCGCCGUAGUCGCAAGAAGCCGCCAGAUGGAUGGGAACUGAUCGAACCCACAUUGGAAGAAUUGGAACAGAAAAUGAGAGAAGCUGAAACGGAUCCGCAUGAAGGAAAGCGUAUAAAUGAAUCAUUGUGGCCAAUUUUCAAAGUGCAUCAUCAAAAAUCCCGUUAUAUCUAUGAUUUAUUCUAUCGCCGAAAGGCGAUUAGCCGUGAAUUGUACGAUUACUGUAUUGCGGAGAAGAUUGCCGAUCCCAAUUUAAUAGCGAAAUGGAAAAAGUCUGGUUAUGAGAAUCUGUGCUGUUUGCGUUGCAUCCAAACGCGUGACACAAAUUUCGGUACAAAUUGCAUAUGUCGUGUGCCCAAAUCGAAACUGGAAGAAGGACGGAUUGUUGAAUGUGUACAUUGUGGAUGUCGCGGUUGUUCCGGCUGAGCGACAGACAAAAAAAAAACAUCGACUCCAAAAACCGAAUCGUGUAUACUGUUAGGCAACAUUUAGAUGAUAAGUUUCUCACUUUUCUGAGAGAGUAUUUUAAUAUCCACGAAAAAACAAACAAACACGACAAUGAAAACCUCUGACUUGAGUUUAUACAAACACAUUUCCAUUCUGUGAACUACAAAUUUACUCUUUUUUUUUCAAAUGCUGCAUAAGAGAAUAAAACCAAUUAAAUCUCUCAA